AUGCGCGGGUCCUAUCACCCCGAAGAGACCCAGUCCGAUCUGUCCUCAUCCUCCAUCCGUGGUUCCCGUCACCCCGAGAAGACACCGUCCCCGUCCGCGGGUCCCGUCACCACAGGAAGACCCUGUCCCCGGGAGCCGGUCAGGCUGAGGAGAUCCGUCCUCGUGUCCGGGUCCCGUCAUCCCUGGGAGACCCCGUCCCCUGUUCUCGGGUCCCGUCACCCCGAGGAGACCCCGUCCCGUCCUCGGGUCCCGUCAUCCUUAGGAGUCCCCGUCCCCGUCCCCGGUUCCCAGGUCCAGUCACCCCGAGGCGACCCCGACCCGUCCACGGGUCUCAUCACCCCGAGGAGACCAGUCCCCGUCCCCGGGUCCCGUCAACCCGAGAAGACCUGUCCCCCAUCCACGGGUCUCGUCACCCCGAAGAGACCCCGCCCCCUGGAGCCUGUUAAGCUGAGGAGAUCGGUCCUCAUCCCCCAUCCGUGGUUCGCGUCACCCCGAGGAGCCCACGUCCCUGGGGUCCCACUAUCCGGAAAAGGCCGCGCGUCCCGACCCCGAAGCCGGUCAGCCCGCAGAGGGAAAGGGGGCAGGCUGGUCGGGAUCUCGGAAGUGGGGAAACCUCUAUGGAGGAGCGCGCCCGGACAGCAGGUGCAGAGCAGAUGGAGCCUGCGCCCAAGCCGGCUCCAAGAAGCCCCCAUACUCUCUGUCCCUGAAAAGGCAAGUUGAAUGUCUUUUCUUAUAACUUCACCUCAAAUACAAGCCAGUGUGAUACAUAUAUAAAUAAAAUGUUCUUGGUAUUUUGAUAAGUAUGUUUAAUUUUUUAAACAGACUGUAGCAAGUUGAGCCGCUUACCCAUGCACAAAAUGAGUAAAAAAGCAAGGAUUAUGUGUUACCUAGAAAUGCAAUUAGCCAUUUAAGGCCACAUUAAAUGCUGACACUCCAGAAAUAUCCACAUUUCCUCGUUAACCCACUGUAGGCUCACAAGAUUAAGAAGAAGAAUAGUUUUAAUCACUCAUUGUAUUUUCAUUUAUAGCAUUGCAUUCCAUAUAUUUACAUUCACCAUGUACUGUUGACUAAUGUACUGAUAUUAUUAAUGGCUGCCAAGAUAUUUGGCUGACCAAUAUUUUAUGCAACCUCAGCUCAAAUUCAGUUGAAGUUAAAAUUUUUAAAAAUAUCAUUACUUUUGGGACACCUGGGUGGCUCGGUGGGUUAAGCCGCUGCUUUCGGCUCAGGUCAU